GUAGAAGAAGAGACACUAGCAUCAAACGCUGUGUGUUUACAUCUGUUUUAUUUUCUCUUCGUUGUGAGACGAGAUGGAUGUGAUGUGCAGUAUAUCAGUAGAAACUGUUGAGGGUUUACAGGAUGAUGAAUCUACUGAUCAAAUUUCCACAGAGUCUCUAGAUUCUGUCUGUGACGCCGGAGAACAGCAGCAGAUCCUGCAGACCAAACUCAAGAUGUGUUCAAUUAAACUCAUCGACUGCACGAAACUCAUGAUGAAGAUUAAAACUGAACCUACAGAAAUAAACACUGGACCUACAGAAAUAAAAACUGAACCUACAGAAAUAAAAACUGAACCUACAGAAGAGGAAGAUCCCACUGAUGAAUAUGACAGUUGUAAUGAUUUUGACAACGACGAUCAUGAUUUUAUUCCUUCAGAUGUGAAGAGUGAAUCAUGUUCUGAUGGAGAAACGUCCUCAACAUCAGAAGAGCGACUGACAGCACAAACUCUUUCCUGCAUCACCUGUGGAAAGACAUUCAGCUCACAGAGACGUUUAGAGAGACAUGAGAGAAAACACACAGAACAGAAACUCUUCACCAGAUCUGAGAUCAGCUUUACUACCAUACAAGUGAAGAAACUUCAUACAGAAGAGCACACAGAGAAGAAGAAGAAACUUCAUUCAGAAGAGCACACAGAAAAGAAGAAGAAGAAACAACUUCAUUCAGAAGAGCACACAGAAAAGAAGAAGAAGAAACAACUUCAUUCAGAAGAGCACACAGAGAAGAAGAAGAAGAAACAACUUUGUUCAGAAGAGCACAUAGAAAAGAAGUCAAAAUUCUUAUCUAAUCUAAAACACCACAUGAGGGAACACCGUGAUGAAAAGCCUUUCUACUGCAGCACCAAACGCAGUCUUGUUGUUCAUCAGAGAAUUCAAACUGGAGAGAAACCUCAUCACUGUAGUGUUUGUGGGAAGAGUUUUAAUCAACAUGCCAGUUUAGUGACACACCAGAGAACUCAUACAGGUGAAAAACCUUACCACUGUAGUGUUUGUGGGAAGAGUUUUAGUCAACAUGGCAGUUUAGUGAUACACCAGAGAACUCAUACAGGUGAAAAACCUUACAAAUGCUCUCAAUGUGAUAAGACUUUUGCUCGGUCAGGCCACUUAAAAUCCCAUCAGAGAGUUCACACUGGAGAGAAACCUUACGUAUGCUCUCAAUGUGGUAAGAGCUUCUCUGAAACAUCUCGUUUGAGAGUUCAUCAGAGAGUUCACACUGGAGAGAAACCUCAUCACUGUAAUGUUUGUGGGAAGAGUUUUGAUCAUCAUUUCAAUUUAGUGGUACACCAGAGAACUCAUACAGGUGAAAGACCUUACAAAUGCUCUCAGUGUGAGAAGACUUUUGCUAAGUCUGGUCACUUCAAAAUCCAUGAGAGAAGUCACACUGGAGUAAAACCUUACGUCUGCUCUCAAUGUGGAAAGAGCUUCAAUACUUCAAGUUCUUUUAGAGUUCAUGAGAGAACUCAUACUGGAGUGAAACCUUACGUCUGCUCUCAAUGUGGUAAGAGCUUCUCUACUUCAAGUUAUUUUAGAGUCCAUGAGAGACUUCACACUGGAGAGAAACCUCAUCACUGCUUGAUCUGUGGGAAGAGCUUCACUACUUCAACUAAAUUGGGAGUUCAUCAGAGAGUUCACGCUGCAGAAAAUCCUCAUCAAUGUAGUGUUUGUGGGAAGAGUUUUAGUCAACAUGGUAGUUUAGUGAAACACCAAGGAACUCAUACAGUAGAAAAGCCUUACAAAUGCUCUUAAUGUGAGAAGACGUUUGCUUGGUUAUAUUCCUUAAAAGUCCAUGAGAGAAGUCACACUGGAGUGAAACCUUACAAAUGCUCUCACUGUGGAAAGAGCUUCAAUAUUUCAUUUAAUUUGAGAACCCAUCAGAGAGUUCACACUGGAGAGAAACCUCAUCACUGCUUGACCUGUGGGAAGAGCUUCUCUACUUCAACUAAAUUGAGAGUUCAUCAGAGAGUUCAUGGUGCAGAAAAUCCUCAUCACUGUAGUGUUUGUGGGAAGAGUUUCGCUCAACAUGGACAUUUGGUGAAACACCAGAAAACUCAUACAGGUUAAAGACUUUACAUAAGAUGUGUACUGAGUCAGAUCACUUAAAAGCAGUGUUACUUUUAACAGCAGAUUUUGAAUUAGUUUUAGUCCUAUUUUAGUCAAAUAAAUGCCAUGAGAUUGUAGUUGAUGAACUCUGUUAUAUUUAGUCGACUAAAAUUGAAUGGGUUUAAAUGUGUUUGAGUUAAAGUGUAAUUGAAUGCGCCAUGCUCACAAAUAUAAAACUGCUGUAAUGUUGUAAUAUUAUGACUUUUUUCAGGAUAUAGAAGAAUAUUAAUAUUUCAGAAAAGUCCAGAAUUACAGUCCAGUAGCCUGCUAUAAAAAACAAUAGACACCAUCACAGAAAUUCUAUUUGUUUUAUUGGGUUUAUUGGGAAUUUUAUUGGUCCAAACUGAAAACAACUUGUAUGGACACAUCUUAAAAUACAUCAGUGUCCUUUGUUUUGCCUCAAAAUGCACACCAGUAAUGUUUUCUUGCUUAUAAAUAUUUCAAUGCUUUAUAUUUUAAGCCGGAUUGUAAAAUUCUCAUGAACAUAAACUUAUGUAUGAAAUAAUUUUCUGUAAGAAGUCAUAAUGGUCAGAAAAUAUUUAAAAACAACAGAUAGGGGAAAGACUCAAAACAAAAGUAUUAGGAUCACAAGCAAAGGACUCCAAAAUACCAUUUAGCACACUAAGCAGAUACUGGAUACCCCGCCUUUUUUAGUUUAGUUUUUUAUAUUUGUCACCUCAUUUUUUGUAACUAUAUCAUCUGUGCCAACCAACCCCAUUGCAUGUGCCAACUAACCCCCACAUGUGCACAACAUGACUUGAAUGAUGAAUAAAACAAAUUUAGGAAUAAUUUGUGAACAUUAAAUGUAUCUGAUGAUUAGCGGAGAUCUUAACCUUACUGUUGUUACUGGUUCCACUUUUUUAACAUAUAAAAUGACUGAGAAAUACGACAAAGUGAAAAGUGUGCCAACCAACCCGCUUUUCCCUAUAUAUAGCUGUUACCCGGUAUGUUUAAAACCAAGGCGAUUUCUCCCCAGCUCUUUUCCUUGUCUGUCCGGUUGUGGUAGGUUUUAGAGGAAACAUUAUAGAGGAAAUCAUGUUGUU